AGUCCCCCCCCCCUGAGUAAUACUAAUAUACGCACCUACUUCUUAUUUGAGAGUCUGUCUUUGACUUAGAACUAGAAGUAGGAGGCUUUAGGUUUACAAACGCAAAUUGUUACAGUGUUUACGCAAGUAACCUGUUUGUGCUCGUGCUAGCGGCUCAGAAUAUAGCGCUACUUUCUUGGAACAGCUGAAGCAUCAAGAACAUCAUCACAAAUCAUGGCACGGGUAUCCACCUCUACGUCCUCCUCCUCCUCCGUAGCGGUCGCUGCGGAAAAGGUGUUCGAAGAUGCAACCGACUCCCCUACCGGAUCCCUUGUCUACUAUCGCUGGACCUCUGCUAGUGCGCCGCGUCCGCCGCCACAGGUCGUGGAAGUAGAGGAAGUUCCGCCGGGAGACAGCACUGUUGCCACACAGCAAAAAUCAUCACCAUACGAUACUGCUAUCAAACACGUGAUGCUUGUCUUCCACGGUCUUCACGCUCACGGCCGUUAUGCUACUGUCAAAUACUUCGUUGAAGCGACCAGAGCUGCAGUGAAAACGUCCGGGGAAAGUACACAAAGCACAAGUGCCGCCAACACUUCUAGCGUUGAAGACGAUUAUUGUUUCUACAGCCUCGACCUGCCCGGUCACGGCGACGCGAAAGGGCUGCGGGGCUUCAUGCAGUUCCCCGGUUGCGUGCACACCUUGGUCCAGGCUGUGCAACGAGUCCGGAGCUGGCACCCAAACGCGAAAAUCCAUCUGGCGGGCUCCAGUCUAGGCGGGGCACUGGCGCUCGCGGUUGCAAUCUCGUUUGCCGAAAUGAAAGAAGAAAAUAAAGAACAGGAUAGAACUGCCAUAGGCUCUGCAGUUGAGCUGGCGUCGCUCCUACUCGUUGCGCCUCUCGUGCAGAUCCGGAACCCGCCCGCGGCGCCGGUGAUCAAACUCCUGCGCGUGCUCGCUUGGUUCGCGCCCUCCCUAGCGCUGUUGUCGAGCAGCGCCAGCGACCCAGCCCAGCAGUACCGGGACCCGGAGAGGCGGAAGGAGGCGGUGGAGGAUGUUUUGCAGUAUAACGGCCGCAUACGCCUGGCGAGCGCGGAGAGCUGUUUCCUUUUGACGCAAUAUGUCGAGAAAAACGCAAAACUGCUCCGCCUCCCCGUGCUGAACCUCAUCGCGGAGAACGAAACGGUUGUGGAUGCAGAGGCAGCACGGGGGCUUUUGCCAAAUUUGCUGGUGAACGUGCGGGAAAAGAAGACGCACAUGUGUCUAAAGGCGUUGCACGGAAUUUUCUGUGAACCCGAGGACGCGUUGAUACCGAUUCAGGACGUGAUACGGGAGUGGCUCACGGCACGAGAAGGUGGAGACGGGGCGAAGUUAAACAAGUAG